GUGGGGGAAAAGCAAAUGAUUUCACUGCGGGGGCGCCAUCUUCUGAGGCUCGUGUUCGGCUGCGGCGGAGGUUGGCGGAGGCGGAGAGCGGCGGAGAGCGCGGCGUCGUCGUCGGCGGCUGCCAUGGGCGGCGGAGGAGGUGAUUCGGCGGUGUCGGCGGGGUGUAACGGCAAGGCUGGGCCCGGUGGAGGCACGGGGGACGCUUAUGGCGAGGAUCGCGCCACGGAGGAUCAGCUUAUCACUCCCUGGACCGUCUCCGUCGCUAGCGGUUAUAAUUUGUUGCGGGAUCCACACCACAACAAAGGGUCAGCCUUCAACGAAAAAGAGAGAGAUGCUCAUUAUCUGCGCGGCCUUCUGCCCCCAGCUAUACUCAGCCAGGAGCUACAGGAGAAGAGACUUAUGCACACACUUCGCCAAUAUGAAGUUCCACUGCAGAGAUACAUGGCCUUGAUGGACCUUCAGGAAAGGAAUGAAAAGCUGUUUUACAAGCUUCUCAUUGACCAUGUUGAGGAGUUGCUCCCUGUGGUCUACACUCCAACAGUUGGUGAGGCUUGCCAGAAAUAUGGCAGCAUAUAUAGGCGCCCUCAGGGUCUCUUUAUCAGCUUAAAAGACAAGGGAAAGAUACUUGAGAUAUUGAAAAAUUGGCCUGAGAGGAACAUUCAAGUUAUUGUGGUGACUGAUGGCGAGCGUAUACUGGGUCUUGGUGAUCUUGGUUGCCAGGGUAUGGGGAUACCUGUGGGUAAAUUAUCUUUAUAUACAGCACUAGGAGGACUUCGUCCUUCAGCGUGCUUGCCUAUAACCAUUGAUGUUGGCACAAACAAUGAAGAGUUGUUGAAGGAUGAGUUCUAUAUCGGUCUCAGGCACAAAAGGGCAACCGGGCAGGAAUAUGCCGAACUUCUUGAUGAGUUCAUGUAUGCUGUUAAACAGAAUUAUGGAGAGAAAGUCCUCGUACAAUUUGAAGAUUUCGGAAACCAUAAUGCAUUUGAACUAUUGGCAAAGUACAGGCAUACACACCUUGCCUUCAAUGAUGAUAUACAGGGUACAGCCUCUGUGGUGCUUGCUGGACUUAUUUCUGCUCUUCGAGCGAUUGGUGGAAAGCUAGCAGAACAGAAGUUCUUAUUUCUGGGUGCAGGAGAGGCCGGAACUGGCAUCGCCGAGCUUAUCGCCCUAGAGAUGUCGAAACAGACAAAAGCUCCAGUUGUGGAGACACGCAAGAAGAUAUGGCUUGUGGACUCCAAGGGACUGAUUGUUAGAUCCCGUUUGGAGUCGCUUCAGCACUUUAAGAAGCCUUGGGCUCACGAGCAUGAACCUGUCAAAACCCUGUUAGACGCUGUCAAGGCGAUCAAGCCAACAGUGUUGAUAGGAUCAUCAGGCAUGGGCAAAACCUUCACCAAGGAAGUGGUCGAGGCCAUGGCUUCAUUGAAUGAGAAGCCUAUAAUUCUUGCUCUCUCAAACCCAACCUCCCAGUCUGAGUGUACAGCUGAAGAAGCUUACACAUGGACUCAGGGAAAAGCCAUCUUUGCCAGUGGAAGCCCAUUUGACCCAGUCAACUACAACGGCAAAACUUAUGUACCUGGACAGGCAAACAAUGCAUACAUAUUCCCUGGAUUUGGAUUGGGAUUGAUCAUAUCUGGCGCUAUCCGUGUGGACGAUGACAUGCUCUUGGCUGCCUCGGAAGCUUUGGCCGCACAAGCAACACCUGAAAAUUUCAAGAAGGGACUGAUCUAUCCCCCGUUCUCCAAUAUCAGAAAGAUAUCAGCCCGCAUCGCAGCAAGCGUCGCUGCCAAAGCAUAUGAACUAGGUUUGGCUUCCCAUCUUCCUCGUCCAGACGACCUUGUCAAAUACGCAGAAAGCUGCAUGUACAGCCCUGUAUACCGAAACUAUCGUUGAAGCUGACUGGGCUGAAAUUGCCGCAUCCCGCUUGAAGUUCACCGUUCACAUCCCAUCGAGAAUGACCUUAAUUGUGCCUUUUCUUAGUUUUUUUUUUUUUUCCCUUAUUGAGUUUAGUUAGUAUUUGUGUCUGUUGUAUUUUUUCAUCUCAGAAGCAUCAGUAAUAUUUGUACCCGGAACAAAUCCACAUCGAUACAGCAAUAUUCAAAUAAGCGAUGUUUAGGAUUGACA